AUGUCCAUCACCAAAAUCGCCCUCAUCGGCGCCACAGGCAACAUCGGCCACCCCAUCCUCCAGGCGCUUCUGAACGACGGCAGCUACGAAGUCACCAUCCUCUCUCGCCAAGGCAGCACCUCCACAGACUCUCUCCCCACCCACCCCCGGCAGAAAAUCACCAAAGUUGACUUCGACGACCUGAACAGCCUCACCGCUGCGCUACAAGGCAUCGAAGGCGUCGUAUCCAACGUCGCCGGCCACGCGCUGCUGUCGCAAAAGAAAAUCGUCGAUGCCGCCGUCGCCGCCGGUGUGCAGCGCUUCCUGCCCAGCGAGUUCGGCUCCGAUCUCACUGUGGCGGUCAGUGCGGCGGUGCCAUUCAAUCAGCCCAAGGUCGAGGUGCGUGACUACCUGGAGCUGAAAGCAAAGGAGCAGCCGGGGUUCAGCUACACGUCCGUGUGCUGCGGCCCGUUCCUGGACUGGUGCUUGAAGGUGGGCCUGUUCGGCGACCUCAAGACGCGUGAGAUGACGCUGUGGGAUGGUGGGGAGACCAGAGUGACGACGACGACGCUCGCGUCUGUGGGAAAAGCCGUCGCGGCGAUCUUCAAGAACUUAGAGGCGACGAAGAACCGCACGGUCAGGAUUGCGGACACCACGGUCACGCAGAAGCAGCUUUUGGGCAUCCUUGAGGAGCUGGACGGGAAGAAGUGGACUACUAAGCAGGGGAGUACCGCGGAGGCGUACCGCGCGGGCUUGGAGGAGUGGAAGCGGCCGCAGCCGAAUAUGCAGGUCGCGAUCGUCAAUCAGCUGAUGCGGAUCAUCUUCAGUGAGGAGCACAGCCCGGAUUAUGCGGAUAAGCUGGACAAUAAGGUGUUGGGGUUGCCAGUCAUGACCGAAGAGCAGGUCAAAGAGGUUGUCAAGGGUUGCUUGUGA